CGUGCCCGCCGCACUUCUCUAGCGCUUCCGCAGAGCGGAGUGUCGCACCGUCGUACGCCGCAUCGGGACGCACUGUGCAGCGGUGAGACAGAGCCACGAAGGUAGAGGGAACGAGACAGAGAGGAGAGAGAUACACGAGGCUGGUGCGGUCACUGACGCGCCCACCGUCCUCCACGAUGAUGGAUUUCCCCAGAAGAAAUGUGAGACGAGUCACGAUGCUGGAGGAGACAUCGUUCCCGGCCGCCGAGAAGAUCCUCACCGACAUCGAAAACGUGCUCAAGAGGAAUGUUACUAUAAGGGGUUUCGAGAUCGUACCAGCGCAAAACAACGAGAACCGGUCGCCGGUGUACCACGAGCUCAACUACCUGGCCCUGGAGUCGUGGUGCGUGGAGCCGCUGUACUGUUACGUGUACCGGCGGCUGUUGGAGUUCCGCCAGAACCGUCGUCGCUCUGCGGAGCCGAGGACAGUAGCGAGAUGGCUGCUGGGCGCCCUCCUCAUCAACCCGAACGUCAUCAUGCUGUGGAACAUGCGACGGGAGCUGGUGCGGAGCUACCGGCUGGAUCUGGGCGACGAGUUGCUGCUCACGCGGCUGGUGCUUUACCACAAGCCGAACUCCUACGAAGCGUUCGCCUAUCGGCGUUGGCUGCUACCGCAGGUUCUAGACGCUAAUCAGAUCAACCUGUCGCGCCCUUACGACCCAGCGCCCGUGGACUCGCCCCUCUGCGCCGAGAUGCAGCUCGUCGAAUCCUGUGCCGAUCGGUACGCGAGCAAUUACCACGCGUGGAGCUACCGGCGAUACCUGCUGACGUUGCGCAAGUCCCGCGGUCUCACGCACCCCAGCCUCGAGACCGAAUGGAGGAACACCCUCGCGUGGUGCCAACGACACGUGUCCGACAACAGCGGCUACUCCUACCGGCAGUUCCUGCUAAGGCGAUGCAUGCUGGAGUUGACGUCGUCGUCGAGUUCGAACGAAUUCGCCGAGAAUCAGGCCAACGACCAACCCGACCUCGAGAUUUGCGAUCGCGAAGAGCGACUGCUCACCUACUUGGACAUCGGUGCCGCGGACGGUCUUCGCAAGGUGUUCCUGGGCUGUCUGCGCGAAUCCAUGCGGCGGCGACCCGAGGACUGCAACACCUGCGAGAACAAACUCAAGCGCUACCUCCGGGCGUUGUCGUACUGGGCGGAGGAGAGCUACAUCAACGAGCGGCUCAUCUCCACGUUCGAGCACAACGAGGUGCUGUGGAGCCACCGCAGGUUCCUCGUGCAAAUACUCAUCCGCCUGACCGCGAUGUACGUGAGACACGACCGCUACGUGGAGGACGAGCUCGCGGACGCUCGACUCCGCGACGAGCCGAUUGUGUCGUUUGUGCGCAACAACGGCGCGCGCGACGAUCCGGUGAUCGCCGCUCACGUGCUGCUUCUGGAAGCCUUCCGCGUCGGCAACAACAAGAUCGCUCAAAUGGCGAAGGAGCGCGAUCCCCACGAGAAGAUGUUCGUCGACCGGUUCUUCAACUUCGUCACGGCCCUUGGCUUCGACAGCAUCACAUGAUGCAGUCGGCGCUCGAGAAAUCGAGCUUCCAGAAUACGCAGAACGGUGCAGCACGUGCGCGAUGUGUUGCCCGCGAGCGAAGGACGUGGUAACUCCUCGCGCCGUCGUCGAAGCACGUAGACGUGCAUACUGAGUAUUAUCGUGGGGAUCAUGCAGUGGCGUUCGUAUCUCUUUAAUUAAGUUGCUGUCGACGUCAUUUUUACUUUUUCAUUUUCGCAAUCUUCGCAAAAUCGCCGAAGCGACGUCGGAGAUGCAUUGGGUAUCUCGACGGAUUUGUUGAUUAUUACUUACUAAAAGUAUUGUGUUCACUUUCUUUCAGGAAUAUCCUUUUUAUGAAAUCCUCUAUUUUAAAGAAGGGAGAUUUCUUUCUUUUUAUGAAAUCGUUGAUGUAUUUUUUAAAAAUACACUUGAUGCGUCUUCAUGAUAAAAUGAUUUAUUUUGUUAUUGCUCUUAUAAGGACAUUAUAGGAUCAUUAGAAACGGUUCUUUUUAAAAAAAAGUUAGAUGCUUAUGUUUUUUCACACACGGAAAUUUGAGAGCGGAAAUAAUCGGUGUGUCUAGAGGCACGUUUGUUUCGUUAUACUCUCCCAAGAAAUAUUGUCUCUUUAGAAAGAACACAAUUCAUCGUGUCUCGGAGAUAUUGCAACUUGGUACUUAAAGAAUUAAUCUCUUCGAGACAGCUACCUUCAUGCGCAGAUAAGAGUACGAUCUUGCCAAGUCCGACACAACGUAGGCGAAACCAUGUCGUUAACGACAUUUACUUCCGUGCUGUUCGCUCGCGUAACGAUUUCGACGAGCCAUCGAGUACAUCAGUACCAGUGAUAACACGUAAAGGUAAUAUAUAAUACAAAGCGCAUAAUGAUAUGCGUGCGCGCGCGCGCGCGCGCGCGCGUGUGUGUGUGUGUGUGUGUGUGUGUGUGUGUGUGUGUGUCACACAGAGAGAAAGAGAGAGAGAAGUUUAACUCGCGAGUUCUUUCGUGAAAGGAAAGUGAAAGUUCUGUCGUAAGAAGAAUAAUUGUGUAUAGUUGUGAGAUUGAAUGAAAGAAAUGAAGAGACGUUAGUUUUUUAAAUUUAAAAUAUUUUCUGUUACACACACUUCCUGCACAGAUAUGUUCCCGUUCGAUCUCGACCUGCACACGUUCGACACAUUCGAAAUGUAGCUGAAUAGUCAUUCUCCAGUCUGAAAGUGAAUUUUAUGUCACACAGUGUAAAAAAAUAAAACUGUUACAUUCUU